AGCCGAGCCCAGCCGAGCCCAGCCCAGCCCAGCCCCUGUGCAGCCGCCGGCGGCGGGGGCGGGCGCUGCCGUGCCGGUGCCGCUGGGGCACGGCAGAGCGCCGCGACGGAGGCGGCGGCGGGAUGGGGUUGGCUUCCUGAAGCGGGAGGGGGGAGGGCGGGAGGGGUCUGGUUUUGCAUUUCGGUCCCUCUCCGCCCCCCCUCCUGCCCCUCUGCUCCCAAGUUCGCCGCUCUCGCCGCGGCCCUUCCGGAGCGGCUGGCUGCGGGCUGCCCCUGACCCGCUCCCGGCGCUGCCCGCGGCGGGGCGGGCGGGGACAGUGGGGAGCCGAGGUAACCCGGGGAGCGGCCCGCCGCCCCCGGGGAGGCUCCGCGCUGUGGAGCGGUGGGGGGAGGCGGCUGGCACAGGCGCCGGGUUCCGCCGCCCGCCCCCCGGCACCGCCGCCGUCCGCCCAGCGCUGGCAGCCCCGGGAGAUGGUGACACAUGAAGCGUGCGGGAAGGACCAUGGUUGAGAGGACCAGCAAGUUCUUGCUGAUCGUGGCCGUCUCGGUGUGCUUCAUGCUUAUCCUGUACCAGUACGUGGGGCCGGGGCUGAGCCUGGGUUCCCCCAGCGGCCGCUCCUACUCGGAGGAGCUGGACCUCUUCCCCACGCCGGACCCGCACUACGUGAAGAAGUACUACUUCCCCGUGCGGGAGCUGGAGCGGGAGCUCGCCUUCGACAUGAAGGGCGAGGACGUGAUCGUCUUCCUGCACAUCCAGAAGACCGGCGGCACCACCUUCGGCCGCCACCUGGUACAAAACGUGCGGCUGGAGGUGCCUUGUGACUGCCGGCCCGGGCAGAAGAAGUGCACCUGCUACCGCCCCAACCGCCGGGAGACCUGGCUCUUCUCCCGCUUCUCCACGGGCUGGAGCUGCGGGCUGCACGCCGACUGGACCGAGCUCACCAACUGCGUGCCCGGGGUGCUGGACCGCCGGGAGAGCGCCGCCGCCAAGACGCCCAGAAAAUUUUACUACAUCACACUGCUGAGAGACCCUGUAUCUCGUUACCUCAGCGAAUGGCGUCAUGUCCAACGAGGUGCUACUUGGAAGACCUCUUUGCACAUGUGUGAUGGCAGGACACCAACUCCUGAAGAGCUGCCAUCGUGCUAUGAAGGCACGGACUGGUCAGGCUGCACGCUGCAGGAGUUCAUGGAUUGCCCAUAUAAUUUGGCCAACAACCGUCAAGUGAGGAUGUUGGCUGACUUGAGCUUAGUGGGCUGCUACAACAUGUCUUUCAUCCCAGAAAACAAACGAGCACAGAUCCUGCUGGAGAGCGCAAAAAAGAACCUCAAAGACAUGGCCUUCUUCGGCCUGACAGAGUUCCAGAGAAAGACUCAGUACCUGUUUGAGAGAACUUUUAAUCUGAAAUUCAUCCGGCCCUUUAUGCAGUACAACAGUACUAGGGCAGGAGGGGUGGAGGUGGAUAACGACACCAUCCGGAGGAUCGAGGAGCUCAAUGACUUGGACAUGCAACUCUAUGACUAUGCAAAGGACCUCUUCCAACAGCGCUACCAAUACAAACGGCAGCUAGAGAGGAUGGAGCAGAGGAUAAAGAAUCGGGAAGAGAGGCUUCUUCACCGGUCCAAUGAAGCACUUCCCAAGGAAGAGACCGAAGAACAAGGACGCUUGCCCACUGAGGACUACAUGAGCCAUAUUAUAGAGAAGUGGUAGCGUAGGCAGACUUUUAUAUUAAUGAUAUUCUAGGGUUUCCAUAUAAAAGAUCAUGGAAGUAAAAUUACAAAACCAACAAAAAGUAUUUUAUUUAAAAGCAAGUCUGUAAAACAGAAGAUAGAUUGCUUCCUUAAGCAUAGGGUCUUUUUACUGUUUCUUACAAGACCGAUGAGAUUCUUAAAAAAAAUAUAAAUGCAUAAAAAUAAAAAAAGGGUCAACAUUAUAAUGCAGAGGUAAAAAAAUGCACAAAUGCAGUUACCCACUCUUAAGGACAAAUACAAAAGAAUGUUUCUUAUCCUCACAAUUCAAACACAAAUGGAAGAAGUAGGAUUUUUUAAGAUCUGUUUAUCCCCUGAGCACAAUGAUACAAAGAUAUGUAAUUAAAAAACAAGGAAACUGAGGUUUUCUUUUGUGGGUGUUUUUGGAGCUGGGGUGGGAAUUGCAUUGCUUGUAAGUAAAUUACAACGGUGACUAAGCUGAUAAUGUACUAUCCUGUCAGGCUGUGAUCUGAGCACAAGGGUGGUCACUUUGUUUCAGCUGGCAGCCACUGCCAGAAAGUAGAGCGCCAUCAAAAUAAAAGAAGAAAAACGUCAGAGGAUGAGAAACAUUAAAACAAAUUGACUACAGCCUAGGAUAUGUACUUAGCACAGUGGUUUUGAUACGUUGCACUGGUGUCACAUCUACAUAUGCAACUUCAUCACAAAAAUAAUAGGGAAUUCAUGCACUGAGCUCCCAGAUUUUUUUUACAGACAGGUCCCAAAACAAGUUAAAAGCCCACCAAAUUCCACAUAGGCUCAAACAUGCACUCACAUGCCAUCCUGUCACCCUACACAACUGCCGCUCAUGCCUUCAUCAGUAUUAUGUGUUAAGAGCACAUGAAAAACUUAUCCUAAAUACUAAAAAAAAGGAAGACGACAAAUCUGCACGACAAGUUCCAAGAAGACUCAGCAAAUAAUCAGUCAUUAAUGGCAAACUGAUCCGGGGGUGAUUUUGUUUUGUUUGUUGCUAUGUGAAAUACCAGACUAGAACAAGCAUACAGAGUACCCAUAUCUGUAUUUUUUUCAGUUAUUUUUACUUGCUUUUAUCAGGAGAUAAUGGGCAUCAGCCUGCUUCCAGUGAAGUCACUAGAACUGAUUUAAGUGGGAAUAGAAUGGGGCUGUCUUCCAGAGCUGUGAAAAUUUCUGACUAUGGGUCUGAAUAAAUUAUGAGACAGUGUACAUUGUCUUUUGGCAGAGUGCCUGUUCUGCAGCUCUUACUUUAAAUGAACAAGCUGUGUUCAUAAAACUGGAAAGGAGAAUCAUGGAUAAUUUUUUUUUAGUCUCAGACCACUUUCAAAGCAGAACUCUUUCAAUGCUGUUUUUUAGGGACUCAUGUAAGUUUAAUCCUCCAGUGUGGUGACAGUCUAACCAGGUUCUGCAUACUGACUUUCGAGUCACAGAACAGCAAUGACUUCUCUAGUUCCUCUUCCCACUCACCAAAUUAAAGUAUGGCUUAUUUUCUUGCUGUUGCAAGCACUUCUUUGUUUGGCUAUAAGCAUGGAAAUGAAGCAGUUUUUGCCUGUUUCACAUUUCACCCUGUUAUUACUCAGCCUGUAAGACCUGAACCAGCUUACCCAGUUUAGGGUAAACUACAAACCAAAUGGAAUAUGAUUUGAUUUUCAAAGGCCAUGUUAACUGCAGAUCAACUAUGGCAUUGAAAUCACUGGAGGAGAGGCAGAGAGCUGAUCCAUUCAGCUUUAGCAUGUUGUUUUUAGUGUGUUCCUUUCCCAUCACAUGAAUCCACUGAAGUGCUGCUUGUUUUGUAUUUUAAUUCGCUCUUUCUGCCUCUGUACACAGUUCCCACCAGUUUCAAAUUCAGACUAAGUUUUGCAAAAGAGGUAGCUGCCUUAAGCAGAGGAGCUGCCUUGCUUCUUCUGUGUACACCCUGGGGGAUACACCUUGCUUUUGGAGAUCUUCUCCAGAAGAGUGAAGAUGACUAAAACUUAAGAACAGGAAGUAAAAACAGCACUUAGGGCUCAAAUACAACCCUGUUACAGCCCCAAUCCAAAGUCCACCAAAGUCAAAGGAUGUCUUUCCUAUUGAUUUCAGAUUAAUUUUGAUCGGAUCUGCAUCCUGGUGCUGCAAAGUCCCCAAGCACACGCUCACCCUUCUACAAGCACAGUGGGAUGUUGUUACCCAUGCAUUUCAUACCAAUAUUUGCUAGUGGUGUCUCUGUCUUUAAGAUUCUGCCACAAAAUGGCCCCUGUUCCCAGAGAUGUGAAGCUUGGCCAUAAGCAUUUCCUCCUAGCUGAAAAGUGGGAAGCAAAAUGAAGCAAUUUUGGGGUUUUGGCUUGGGGGCAGAAGGUAUUACAAAUACAUUUGCUCAUCUCUGAAUUCCAAGACUGGGGGGAGCUAUGUCUGCUAGUUCCCAGCGCUUUUAUGUGUUGCUGUAACUAAAGAAAACAUUUGUAUUUUAAAAAAAUGCAAUUUUACAGGCUGUUUACCCACAAAAUCAAUACACAUGAUAUAAAAAGCAACUGCACAGUUACCAGCUUUCCCCACAGGCUUUUCACUGUGCAUCCUGUGUUAUGGAUCCAUAAUGCACAAAUGGUUACUGCAGUUAAUCCAUAUUCGAGGUGCACAGUGGCACAGCUCUGGCAGGGCCGUGUGGUGAAUGCCCAGGCAGGUCUGCGUGUGCCGGCACUGACUUCUGAUAGCCAUUCUGUACCGAAGGCCAAAUUCUGUUCUCAUCUACCAAAGGGUGACAGUAAACAGGAUCAUGGAUGAUUAGGACCAGCAUAAUUUGGCCUGGUCUGCCUGAGUUGUUUCUGUGUUGUGGGCUCUGAGUAACCAGCUGGAUUUUAAUGGAUCUAUCUGCAGCAUUCUCUAAAUCAGAGGCAGCCUCUGACCCUAGAAACAUGUCAGUAGAAGACCUUGUUCCAUCAUUUUCUUUGUACUAUAUUACAGUAACGAGCAAAAGAAAUGGAAGUAUCUUGAAAAAUGUCUUGGUAACAGUUUCACUUCAACCCACAAAAGGAAGGCUGACCUCAGCUUAGCACUGAGGUGGAAAUUUCUAGAUUCAAAUCCUGCGCCCGGCAAAUGCUUCAGUUUCUCCACCUGUACAUUGGGACUAACAAAUUUAUGGACUCUAAAGAGGUACUCCAAGGUAUGAGAAGUAUAGGGUACUUUGAAACAGAUUCUAAGUAUAGGACAUUAAGAGAAUGACCCCAAAGCCAUUGCUUACCCUGGCUGCUGUGCUGGUGUGUUUACAGCUGUAGGCCAUGCUUUAAUUUAUUCUAAGUGCUGUGUGCCAGAGCACUGGUUGCAGGCCGUACCUGGCACUAUUUUCUUCCUUUAGUGGGUUUAAAUGAACUUCUUUAACAUAAUGUGAAUGUAGUUUUUUGUGAUUUGUAUGUACUACAGUUUGAAGUGGUACAACCUCUUUUAUUUUUAGGACUGAUUAUUUGAUGCUACAGUAACAUGAAAAAAUGUAUGUGUAGUUUUAAAAUGAAUGGAGAACAACAGCUUUAAGGCAAUCUGGCAGAAGUAGUGGCCAGAUAGUACAUUCUUGUUCAAUACAUGCCCCUUUCUUCCAAAAUGUUUUUCCUGUGACUUCUAGACAAGCUGAGACCUUCUUCACUUCAGGAGGUGUUUCUUCAUAGGGCCCAUCAAUGCAUCAUGAUCCAGGUCAGGAUAGGUGAGUGCUGGGUACAGUGAGGCCAGGUACAAGACUGCGACCUCUCUCUUACUGGAGUUCUUGAAGCAGUUCCCCUGGAAUUCAGAUUUUACCUGGUUCUCUGACACUCAGAUGUGUGUCCAUCCCACAGUGUUUCUGCCAUGGUUCCAGGGACACCCUGUGAAAAGCCUUACAAAAACUGGGGCUGUGUAAGGUAUUUCUAAGGGUUUAUACCAUCAGCAGUAUUAGUGUGAGUAUUUUGGACAGGCAGUUACGUGGUACCAGGCCAAAGAUGAGGGCUUUUAGCCUCUGCCAUCUUACACUCUGCUGACCCUUUUACAUUCACAAACAAAGGUGAAGCUCUGGGGACUUCCCAGCAGACUCCAUUCCUGCUUUGGGAAGGUGGAAAUGCCAAGACGAGCUGCAGUGCUGAGAAGGAGGUGGUCUUUUUUGCUUCUAGUCACCUGAACAGUGUUAACUUCACUAACAAAAAAAAAUCUCAAUGAUCAGUGUGAAUUUCUGGCUUGCCUGAAUUUUUUCUUUGUGUCCAACAUUUUGGAAUAAAUGGGGAGCACUUCAGUCUGAUUUUUCCACCCCAUAGUCCCUUACUUGCUUACAAAACUGGGAUGGCAAUGAAAGCAGCAUAAAGAAGAUCCCAACAAGCUUUUGAAGCCUCUCCCAGGGCUGUCCCGUAGGAGCAGAAAGGGCAGUGCAGUUGCUGAGAAUACAAGCAAGGCAGAAGAACCAGCACGGUGGCAGUACAGACAGAUGUCAGUUACAAAGUUUUCACUCUGAGCCCCUUAAAUCAUAGAGACCACUGAACAGGUACAGAAGGUAAUGACCAACACUACAGAACAGGGCCUGACCAAGAUCUAUAUCCUGGGGUUAAAGCUUCUCUAGCUUUGUACUGACAUUUAGAGUUAGUCAGACCCUCCACUAUCCUGUAGAAUUUUCCAGAUCUAAUAAAAAUGGGUAACACUACAGGAAUUUGCAACCCAGACUAUGCUAAACAUUGUAUUUCCAAGGCUGUAUCUUGGAAUGCAACUCUCACUUCCUGCUGGAUUUAAAUCACAGGGCUGGCUGCAUUAUCUUUUUGUUCUUGUUUUCACUAAUAUAAGCGGAUCAUGUUCCAGCGACAGAAGCGAAUGCAGGCUUUGCUGCCUGAUCAGCAGCAGAGCCACGCCUUUAAAGGACAGGUUGGUUAGCAGCAGUUCAGGCAGCAAGCAACGGAGCUCAUGUCUGCGCACACAGUCUGAGCUGUCUGUGGCUGUUUGUUUUGCCCCACCUACAGGAGUUCUGCCAAGGUGAAUACAAUCCUGAUAAGCAUGUGGGUAUUAAAGCCUGUAUUGUCCCAGCUGCAGGUGGUUUUCUCUGUAAUUUUUAGCCAUGCAAGCUGAAAAAACCCAAGAUUUGCAAAUAAGCCUGUCUCAUCCCUCAAAGCCCCACAAUUCUCCCUCCCUGUUUUCCUCCAGGUGUCAAUUCUGCAGACUGGAUUGAGAGAGUUGUACUAUAAUGAAUAAUUUUAUAUUCAAAUGGUUUACUGAGCAUGAUUUGUUUUGUACAUAUUGGAAUAUGAUUUAACUUAUUUUUAUUGCCCCUUUUCAUCUUUUUUUUGUAAGGAGAAGGCAAAAAUCUGCACCCUCUCUCAAUGUGAAAUUCCUCCGUGUUUGCGUGUAGUCUGCCAGGCAAACAUGCAACAGCCACAGCAUUUCUCACCAUCCCUACUGGUAUCAGAUUUUAUUUUUUAUUGUCAUUUGGUUUUGUCUGAGGCUUUGCUUAUAUUGUCUCUUCUGUCCUCUCUGCCGCACAAUCUGCACAGGGAAGGGAAAGGACAAUGCAGGCGGGACUUUCUUCCUCCCCCGUCUUGUGUGCUUUACCUACCAAGGAACUCAGUUCUUAUCUUCAAGGAGUUGUGUGACUGAGGGUAAACAAAUACAAAUGUCCCCCCGCCUGCCUUCCAUCCUCCAUAUUGUAGAUCAAACAGAUUCAGCUUCUCUGAAAGUGAUUGUGGCUGGAGUCAUUCCAUUGGGCUGAAUGUGUAUGGUUUGCACUUUUUUUUCCCACUUCAGGAACUUAAAACCAACAAAAAAUAAAAGACAACUGUUUAACUUGAGCCGAGUAACACUUAAAGCUUUAUAUAUUUAUUUAUAGCAUCUUACAAAAAGUGUUGAAAGUUUUUUCUUCCACAAGAAAAAUUGGAUUUAAAAAAAUAAUCAUCUAAUUGUUUUUGUCUAGAUCAAGAAUGAAUGUUAGCAGGUGAAAUAAACCUUAAAACUGA